AUGACCUAAACAUUGAGAUUAAUUAUUGAAUUGCAAAAAAUAGCUUAAUCCAAUAGAAAAAGAAAUUCAAUAAAUUUUGAGAAUUAAUUGGAAGAAGAAAUGGGAUAAAGUUAAUAUGGAAUAAAAAUUAGAUAGAAUUUGAAUAGAAUGUUUAAAAGAAUUAAAAACUCUUCUACAUUAUAGCGAUAAAAAUGUAAUGCUGAAAUCAAUACGAUGAUUGGAAUCCAUCUUAUCUUAACCGAUAGGGUGGAAUCCAAUAAAGGAUAAUUACAUUUAUGA